ACUCUUUAGCCCACAACUUCUGCUUUCGACACCAUUUUCAUCUUCAACGGUCAGGGGCCAGGACUGCAAACAGCCCGACCUGUGUGGGCAUUUUAAGAUGAACAUCCCAAUUUUCUUACUUAUUUUAUUGGGUGUACAUCUUUCCAAAGAGCAACAGACGACUGAGAGGUUUGGAGAAAUAUUGCUCAGAUUGGACUUCCCUAUGUACUUCGACAGCUUCGACAAGUCUUGCUGUAGGAUGUUUCAGGCUGGAUGUUUCAUAGCGAUGGACAACAGAGGUUAUGUGUGUAACCUACUCCGGGGACGGGCCACCCUAACAGAGAGAAGCGGCUCGGUGGAGUUCAGAAUAACCAACGCGCAGCUCAUAGACGGAGGCCAUUACAGGUGUUAUGUUGAGGGAAGCCACAACGUCUUCAAAGACUUUGUCGUCGAGGUCUCUGAACCUUCCGAGCUUCGUCCACACUCGCUAGUGUCGACCCUCCAACCCUCGUCGACGAUAACGACCCCUCCGACCCCUGCUACCGGGUCCAGUCCGCCCCAGUACCGUAAGAGAAGUCCUAUUGCUCCCUGGACGCUAUACGUGCUGUUGGCUACGAGUUUGUCAAUCACCACCAUCGCUCUCAUUGGAUGUGUGACUGCCGUCGUUUGCUGCCUACGCAAGAAGUCGAAAAACCAAGUUGUUGAAAGCCAGCCUGACUCAUCCAAACACAUGACCCCUGAAGCGAGCUCCAUAGUCUACACAACAGUGGACUUCAAACACCAACAGCUAACACCCAUACAGCUCUAUGAAAACCUGGAGAUGAGAGCCCUUACCACCAAACAGAGCAAAGAUCUCUGCAGAUCUCCCGAGACAGUGGAGUACUGCACAUUGGCUCCUAGACGAUAAAUGUAGCGGCAAAGCAACAUUCCUUUAGUAAGGUUCAAAGAUUAAUUGUAAUGGGCU